GGGCUGUCCGCGGCUGCGCCGGACUCGACCUACCUUGUGGCCUGUUCCGGCAACCCCUACCCCGGCCUGCUGUGCGGAGUGGCCCUCGGGCCUCGAGAAUUCAGCCGCGGGCCCAUGCCCGCAGUUUGACCAGAAGCAGUCGCGGCAGGCGGUGGGGAAGGCGGCCCCGGACGGAUUGCUGAGACGCUGCUCGGGCCCCAGCAUGGCGGCGGCAGUGCGCGCUGCGGGCCGCUUUCCUGCGCUGUGCAGCGGGCCAGCGGUUCAUUUAUGGUCCAGGCAGCUUUCCCUAAAUGCCUUUCCAGCAGCUUCCAUUUUGGCAUUGAAGACUGCUCUCAGUAAUGGCCCUUUGUCAUCGCUGGCAACCAGAGACAACCGUCAGUACACCAGCUUGAGCCACGCGCUGCAGACACAGUGCUGUACUUCUUCUCCCAGUAACUUCGUGGGCCAGCAGUAUAGACCGUAUAGUUUCUUCACUAAAUUGACAGCAGAUGAGCUAUGGAAAGGCGCUCUAGCAGAGAGUGGUGCUGGAGCAAGAAAAGGAAGAGGCAAAAGGACUAAGAAAAGGAGAAGAAAGGAUUUGAACAGGGGUCAGAUCAUUGGUGAAGGGCGUUCUGGUUUCCUGUGGCCUGGUCUGAAUGUCCCUCUUAUGAAAAAUGGAGCAGUGCAGACCAUUGCCCAAAGAAGCAAGGAAGAGCAGGAGAAGGUGGACGCUGACUUGAUCCAGCAGAGAGAAGAGUGGGACCGGAAGAGGAAGAUGAAGGUUAAACGGGAGCGAGGAUGGAGCGGGAAUUCGUGGGGCGGCGUCAGUCUUGGCCCUCCUGACCCUGGUCCCAAUGGAGAAACAUAUGAGGAUUUUGAUACCAGGAUACUUGAGGUAAGAAAUGUUUUCAAUAUGACAGCAAAAGAGGGAAGAAAGAAAUCAGUCCGUGUCCUGGUUGCUGUGGGGAAUGGAAAAGGAGCGGCAGGUUUUGCCCUUGGGAAAGCCACUGAACGGAUAGAUGCUUUCAGAAAAGCAAAGAACAAAGCAAUUCACUAUUUGCAUUACAUAGAACGAUAUGAAGACCAUACGAUAUUCCAUGAUAUUUCUUUAAGAUAUAAAAGGACCUAUAUCAAGAUGAAGAAACAACCCAGAGGUUAUGGCCUCCACUGCCACAGGGCCAUCAUCACCAUCUGCCGGCUCAUUGGCAUCAAAGACAUGUAUGCCAAGGUCUCUGGGUCCAUCAACAUGCUCAACCUCACCAAGGGUCUCUUCCGUGGACUCUCCCAACAGGAAACCCAUCAACAGCUGGCUGAUAAGAAGGGUCUCCAUGUUGUAGAAUUCCGGGAGGAAUGUGGUCCUCUGCCCAUUGUGGUUGCCUCCCCCCAGGGAGCCUUGAGAAAGGAUCCAGAACCAGAUGAUGAGGUUCCAGACGUCAAACUGGACUGGGAAGAAGUGAAGGCUGCACAGGGCAUGAAGCGCUCUGUGUGGGCAGGUUUAAAGAGAGCUGCCACAUAACCUCUCUGGCUUUGUACAGCCAGUGCCUGGUGUGCUUCAGCACCUAGGAGAGAGACUCAACUCCUCACACCUUGGGAUGUUGCCCUUUUUCGGGAGGGUAGGGGUGGGGUAUCCAAUCUUAUCUCCUCUGUUUACAAAUAAAUAAUUAUAGCUUUCA